AUGAGUCAAGCACCACCCUCGAAAGUCUUGGGCUUCUUUGGUGCAGAAGGCCCUCUGAUACACGUCCCAGGCGGUCGAGGUCUCUGCUAUCGAACGUCGCAAGGCAUUCUUCUCCGACCUUCAGAUGAUGACGAGGAAUCCGAAUACAUCGCAACCCUCUGCAAGUCUCUACUUGAUCUUCAUCCUAUCGGCUACCGCGUUCCUAAGCCAAUCCCAGCUUCAGAGUGCCCGGCGAGAUACGUUUACGAUGCCUGGACGGCCUGGGAAUAUCUUGAAGGGAGAGUAACUCCUCAAGGAAAUUUUGAUAUCCUUAUGAGAGCUUGCCGUGCUUUUCAUGCUGAUAUCAUGAGACUGGCUAUUGAGAGGCCCUCUUUUCUAUCUAUGAGACAAAAUCGAUUCACAGAGGCGGAUCUGGUGACUUGGGAGGAAAAGAAACUCGAAGAUGUCGAGAAGGUCAACAGUGAUGUUAUGGCUACUGUCCAGCCAAUCCUCGAUCAACUUCUGAAGCUACGACAACCGUUUCGACAGGAGGCCAAGAACCAACUUAUCCAUGGCGAUUUGACAGGAAAUGUUCUGUUCGACACAGAUACCAAUAGCCGUCCGGCCAUCAUCGACAUCACACUUUACUGGCGACCGGCUGAGUAUGCAGAAGCUAUCAUAGUGGCAGACGGACUCAUCUGGCUGAAUGAAGAUCAAAAGUUGGUUGAGAUGUUUGGCACCGAUCAUACAAGGGUGCAGCUCCUCGUGAGAGCUUUGUACUGGCGGUGCUUGUGCUUUGCUAUUGAUCCGUUUCUUCCCUUCGUGAACGAGAAUCUCCCAAAGGCGAACUUUACAAGUGCUAUUGAUAUUGUCGGGGAAUUGAUGAGCGAGUGCACUUGA